AUGAGCUUCAGUAAUCGCAGACCUAGGGAGAGGUUAAUAAUCCCAGGCGAGAAGGAUGGACUGCUGAUAGUGGGCACAAAGAGUGCAGCAUUUAUGGCCCAAAAAGACACCCAGCAGAACCCCCAAGAUAAGGAAGAACCUGAUAAAGCAAACUCAGCUCCGACUGGGUGCAAGGAUCUGGAAUUUAACAUGUCCUUGGCUGAGCAACAUGCAGGUAUGAAAUGCCUUAUCUAGAUUUUAAGUGAUUUGAUAUUUACAACUGUCCAGGGUAUACAUGUAAGUGCAGAACAUUUUAUUAAAUGUGGAGAUCCAGAUAAAUAUCAGAAGAUAAAGUAGAUUCCAUUCCUAAGGAUUUUGAUAACACAUCUGAAUUGUAAUUGCAUCCCCAAGUCUAUUUUCAAGGAAAGAGUUAUGGUGCUAGUGUUGUUUUGAAACCCCAAAGAUACAGCUGUUUCAUUUUUCCAUUUCCAUAACAGUGUGCCAAAAGUCCCCAGUUACAGCUCCAGGGAUGAGUUCUUUCCGGGAUUCAUGACAGAUACAGUCACCUGGGGAUCCUGUUUUGAUCCUGCAGUCACCUGGAACAAACACAUUGAAGAUAAGAAUACGGUGAUCAUAAUAUAUGAAGACCUGAAAGGGAACGUGGCUGCCAGUGUAAAGCAGAUAGCUGCAUUCUUUGGAUUCUCACCAACAGCUGCACGUAUUCAGGCCAUCGCAGGAGGGCACACUUUCCAGGCAAUGAGUGUUAAAGCUCAGGAGACUCAUGGUGCUGUUGGCUUGGCUCUUUUCCAGAAAGGUGAUUUUGGAGACUGGAAGGAUGUUUUUGCUGAAGCUCAGAACCAGAAAUUGGCUACCAAGUUCACAGUUUGCUUAGAAGUAGCUUAGCUGGGAGUGAAGUUUAAAUAUAUGUAUUGCAAGGCCUGA